CCUAUGCGAUAUGCUUACGGGCUACAGUCUUCACAUCAGUGUAGGGCCGUGUGGACGCAGCCAGCACCCCGAACUCGCCAUUAAUAUCUUAGCGAGCCCAGACCAAAAAACUCCUGUUUUAACACCAAAACAGCGAGCUGCUUGGUCAUAGGGAAACACAUCGAUUCAAAGGGGGUAAGCACGGCCCGCAACUGAAGAAAGCACACUGUCUCCACCUGGAAAUCAAUUAUUUUGUUCAUGUCUCAUCUGUUUAGUUUCUGUUUAAAACUUCUAGAAAACUCGAUUGUGAGCUUGAUAAAUUCCAGCGAAAAACAAAAUCAUGGCACAAAUAGAACUUCUAUGUUGUGAAGUUGAAAAAGUAAGGAGAGCCUACCUCGAUCCAGUCUUACUUAAUGACAGAGUUCUACGGAAUCUUCUCGAAGUGGAGGAAAGGUAUACGCCGUGUUCGGAUUAUUUUGGGAAUCAAUUUCAAACAGACAUUAAACCUAUCAUGAGGAAAAUGGUCGCGCAAUGGGUGUUUGAGGUUUGCGAGGAGCAACAAUGCGAAGAGGAGGUGUUCCCCCUCGCAAUGAACUAUUUAGACAGAUUUCUUGCCGUGCAGCGUAUAAAAAGGAGCGAAUUCCAGCUUCUUGGCGCAGCUUGUAUGUUCCUUGCUUCAAAAUUAAAGGACACCAUACCUCUAACAGCCGAAAAACUCAUCAUUUACACCGACAAUUCCAUCACCUUGGAUCAACUAUUACAAUUUGAGCUGAUUGUGCUUCGUAAAUUAAAAUGGGACCUGUCUGCAAUAACUCCAAACGAUUUCUUGGAACAAAUCCUCCACAGAUUACCCAUCUCAAAGGAGUGUGCCCAGAGACUAAGACGGCAUGCUCAGACUUUCAUCGCCCUGUGCGCAACAGAAUACAGUUUUGCAAGGCAAAUGCCUUCAAUCAUAGCAGCUAGCAGUGUAGGCGCAGUAGCGCAUGGUUCAUCACAAAUGCCAAUUCCGAAGCUGAUGGACAAACUACACAGGAUCACAAAGAUUGAAACAGACUACCUCAUUUCAUGUCAGGAGAGAAUGGAGUCCUUGUUAUCUGACAGUCUGGCUCAUCCGGCAAACCUGGACAUUCCCGAGGCCAACAAGCACCAUGAGAGUGAGUAUGAGAAGGAGCAGCCCACAACACCGACUGAUGUUCAAGACGUGUCCAAGCUCCUGGACCAGUCAGGAAGAAACAUGGCAAAGAUGGCAGAAUCGAGGCUACCGGCUCCCCAGAGUUUAUCGUAACGCUGGCUGGUGGUGUGGCAAGCAUUUCCACAAGCCCUCCUCCUCCUCCCUUGUGGAAUCUCUAAAGACUUCUAAAGAAGAUGGACAAUUGUAUUAUCUGCUGACAGCUCAUUGAAGAAGUCUUCAGGCAUUUUCACCGGGCCUUACAGUUUUAUUGAGUGGAGGGGCGGGGAGAGACAGUGAAAAAAGUAAGGAACAAAUUUGACUGGAAUGGUACCAGUUCUGGAUCCUUCUAGUGAGAACCUUAUUAAAGUGAUGUGUUAGAGUUGCAUAUCAGACAGUAGGGGGAAGACUAUCCUUGGUUUUUCCCUUGGCAGGUCUUCAUGCAGGGGGGCUUGAGGUUGCAUUAAAAUGGCUCUUUGACCUUUUAAACUCUAGGUCAGAGUUCACAGCAGGGUUGGUAUUGUACAAACAAAUCUAUUCACUCUGUCCCACUUCCAAGCCUAGUCAACAUUAGAGGGGUUUGCCAAAUCCUGUCAGAGUUUGUUGGCUCUUUAACAAGCUACACAUUUGCCAAAUAUUGCCAUAGGAAUGCUAAAGAAUAUACGGAUUUGGCAAACCACAUCAGCCAAAGUUGAUAACAACCUCGCCCCCCCUGACUUUCUGUUUGGAAUGCUUUGUCCAGUGACACAGCCACUUAGAACCAGUUGGCCAUGUUGGACCUUGCUCAAUUUAUCUUUAUGUUUGUUUCUUUAAUCGUUGACAAGCAGGUGCCCGAGUAGAACGAUUAUGUCAGGGCUGGUCCCCUAGACUGUUACAUCAAAUUAACCCUUGACCCUUCACCUGCAACCUUUCUCUCAGAAAAAAAAAAAGGAUGUAAAAAAUAUGAAAAAAAAAUAAAUUUUGAAACUGUGAACCACAAAAAAAAAAAAAUUGUGAGAAAGGUCAAAAAAUUUCCAGCCCUGACUGGUGUUUGAAAGUGCGAAUAUUAUACUGGUGUUAAAGACAGUGUGAAGCUGUAAUUUCUGUGCAUUUUAAUGCAAAUCCAUUUUGUUGUGGUUUUUGUUGACGUGUUUUGUUUGUUUCCAUAUACUUUGUUUUGGUUUUAAGCAUACUUAGACUGGUUGAGAUGAAAACAGGGAUAUUAGGAAUUGCAUUUAAGUUUCAAAAAUACAUUUCUUUUUUCAAUGAAAAUUAAUCAUGAGGCCACAGUCAAUAUUUAGCUAAGUUCAGGCUUUUUUCCCUGAAUAAUCUGACAUAAGAUGGAAAACAAGAGAAACAUUAUUUUGUGGUGAAUUUUUGUUUGUCUUUUGCAAUAUAUUUAGAUUGAAUAUAUUCACCGGACAGCAGCUUAUUAUCAACAGUUGUGGAGAAAAUGUAAUGAUUGUGUUUGAUUCCCAAAUGGAAUCUUCCAGGUCACUGAUACCUCACUCUGUUAAACUUUAAAAUGUUGGCAGAUUCCAUUUGUGAUUUGAGGGAAGAGUGUCAUUCUAUGCAAGUGGUGGUUGUGGUUUUAUUGUGGAAAUAGGAUGGAAGAUAAGACUGGGCCAUUAAAAUGGAACAGGUUUUUACAGUAGCGUCUUCUCAACAGUUUCAAUGAAUUUUUUGUGCACAAAAUUUGAAGCAUGUUCAUUUCCUACAUUGGUGAAAAAGUUUUGGACAUACAUUCAAGGUAAUGUUUGCCCAUAGUUACAUUAAUGUACAUUAUAUAAUUAAACCCAGGACCAAAUUUGGCAAAAAAGAGAUGAGUAGAAGAUUCUGCAUUUAUGCAGAUGGAAGUGCAGGUUUUUUCAGCCACUUUCAACAUAAUUUUAUAAAUUACAGGCUAGUUAACGUGUAAUUGAUAAACCAAUGAAUUCAUUUUUUUGUGAAAGUGUUUUGAAACUUUCAUAGCACCCAAAAAAUGUGAACUGGGAUUGGGUCAUCAGAUUAAUUUUUUUAAGUACCAUUUCACAAUUUUGUGUGCGAAAAUUAUAUAGCUAUAACAACUGUUUGCAGUGGCUUUUUGUAUCCUUAAUUUUUUUUUAAUUUAAAAAAUUCUUGAAGAAUGGCUUGAAAAACCGUCACUAUGAAGUUGGAAAAAACAUGUUUCCAUUAGCUUUAUUUACUUCGUAAAAGAAUUCCUGCAUUAUUCAUGCCCUGAAAAGGUUAUCUGGGCUGUUUUCCAAUACUCGACUUUGGCUCCGUCUCAGGCUUCAACGGUUUUUUACUUCCUGACUUUCAAGUUGUAAACAAAAUAGUAAGUCUUACAGUGCCACAAAACAUCAAGUAAGAUGCAAAAGAGCCAAACAUUACAGUACUUCAAUUUAAGUUAAACAUUUCAGGCCCGCAAGAGAGGACUGGCUUCCUACACGAAGCCCGAGACGGAGACAAAGUUGAGUAUUGGAACACGGCCCCGAGUAUGUGCCAAGCUAGUCUUCCUGGCCACAGACAUACAACAGUAAUUUUCUUCAUGGACUUUCACAUUGGCACCUUUUUCCCACUUUUAUUGCUGAAAUUUGUUGAACGGGUAUUAUAUUUUAAAUUGCAUACUGACUUCCUCUUUACUAAAAUGCUUCCUUGAAGUACAGAAUUGCCAACUAUUCCCCUGUGGGUGUUGAUUGAAGUUGUUUUCCCCCCUUCACUUCAGAGACGCAAUGCUGUUGAGAAUGGGUUGGGAGCAGUCAUUGCUUCGAACCAGUCUUAAUCUGAUACACGUACACGUUAAUGUGAUCCUUGUAACAAUAGGAUGUGCAUCAGAAGGGAUAAGGAGCUUAUCCCCCAGAAGGCUUGGUAACCACUUGCUUUUCACUUUGUGUACACUUUUCCCGCAAAAGUGUUUCAAAAGAAUGUACAUAUUUUUAUGGAAUGCAAAAAUUUAACAUUGCGUGUUAACAGUUGGCAUGUCGGGGCUGUUGGGAACAGUAUGUACUUUUUCACUUAAACUUUCUACAGAGUUCUUAUAUUGUAUACAACUUUUUAGCCAAUAAACUGUUGAUUUUUUUUUACGGAGAUUAUUUUUUGUUACUAAUUUUCUAGACCUUUUGGUACUAAUUUCCUGGACCACCUUUCCCACAAUGGUCUCAUGCUGUGCACAUUUUUCAUGGUUUUUAUGCAUGUAACUUUUUACAAUAUUAGUCAGUCACUCAAAAUUCCAAGAAAAGUGUAUGCAUAUAUUAUGCUCUUGCAUUUUGUAUUUUUAGUACGGCUAGAUUUGAGUCGAAUGUUUUUGAGUGGUUGACACUGUCGUGAUGAAUAUUCAUUUUUGAUUAUUCACAGGUUUUGAGAGUUUUUAUAUUUACCCAAUUGUUGUGAUACUUUUUGUAUAACCCAUUAGAAAGCUGUUGACGCAAUUUCUGCGAGUUUCCCGGUUUGCUCUUUUUAAUAGGCAGUCUUUUUAAUUUUUAGUCUGAGGUGAACUAUAAGAUGUGUUUUUUAAAACAAAAAAUUCUAAAUUCCAAAAAAAAUAUAUCGAAAUGUUGCCUUCUGUACAAUCUGCAUAAUAUGAUAAACUGACAAAUGAAACUUAGUAUACGGCAGACCAAAUGUUAUAGCUUGUAAAUUGGGAAAGCUUCAACAUCCAACAACCAUGUAAUAAGUUCGUUUGCAGCUAACUUGGUGGAAAAAGUGUACUCCUUUUGUUUAAGCUUAAAACUGCAUAUUUAUCCAACCGCUUGAUUGCUUGAUCAGCUUGUGGGUAAAUGUCCGAACGUCCUGCAAUGAGAAGGAGAAAAGUACUGCAAGGAAAUGUGACCCCCCUUUUUAUAUAGGACUUUGACGUUUGAUUCACCGGUAAGACGGAAUAGGUGUUUCUGAAAAAGUCAUUAUUUAUAUUAUGUGCACACAAGAAGGUGUGCACAAGGUAUGGACAAAGACGAUUGGUACAAGAAAAAAAGAGAGAUUUUAAUAAAAAUGGAACAAAAAUGUGAGAAUUUAAA